AUGGUCGUGACUCGUGAAGGGCAGAAGCAGAAGGGAAGAUCAAUUUUCGUGACCGGUGGUCGAUUGAUAUCUGAUGUCUCUUAUAGCGGUCCAUAUUUCUUUCAUGAUGAUUUAUAUUUAGAUCGAAUGCAAUCGCUUCAAGAACUUGAAUCAACGGAAAUUGAAUCAAGUGCAAACACAUCAAGAAUGGAAAGUACUCCUGAAGUGGUUGUUAUCGGAUCGAAUGAUGGAAACGACGUGGCAGCCGUUGAUGGUGGCUCCGAAUAUCCUACCUCUAAUUUGUUUCUUAGUGAGUUGUAUGAGAUUAAAGAAGCAUUAGAUGAUUUAUCUUUGGAUGAGAGUAAAUAUAUGAGAGAUACGGCUCUCAAGAUGGAAAAGAAAUUUGACAAAUAUUGGGGUACUUGUAAUCUGUUGAUAUUCGUUGGUGCUGUUUUAGAUCCUAGAUACAAGAUGAAGUUGGUUGAGUUCUCUUUUAGUUCCAUUUAUUCAAAGGAUGUGGCACCUAAGCAAAUGAAAAUUGUUCAAGAUACUCUUACUAAAAUGUUUGAAGAGUAUGUUGAACAACAUAAAGCGGCUAAUGUUGUUCAAAUGAGUAGUGCACCUGACAAAAGUGAGAGUGGAGUUAAGAGUGAUUAUAACAAGUUAAGUUCUAGAGUUGGUAUCAAGAGUGGCACGACAAAGUAUGAUCAACAUAUCAGAAGCGUUGACACUUUUGCAAGUGUGAAGUCAGAGUUAGACAUUUAUUUAGAAGAAGGCGUGUACAUUGGUGAUUCAGGUGCAUAUUUUGAUGUCUUGGAGUGGUGGAAGGAGAAAAAUCUGAAGUUCAGAAUUUUGUCUAAAAUGGUUGCUGAUGUUUUGGCAAUUCCGAUAACUACUGUUGCUUUAAAAUUAGCUUUUAGUGCUGGUGGGAGAGUUAUCGAUGCUCAUCGCACCCCUUUAGGGACGAUGACGGUAGAUAUGUUCAUUUGCGGAACUGAUUGGUAUCGUCAUCAUUAUAGACUACACAAAAAGAAAACCAAGGAAACUGAUGAUAUGAUAUAUAUUGAACUUCCUUGA